AUGGAUCAAAUGAAAGAAAAAUUGAGAAAUGCUUCUUUACUAAUGAAAGGUGAAUUAGUUCAUAUGAAAUGUUCUGCUCAUAUCUUGAACUUGAUUGUCCAACAAGGAUUAGGAGCAAUUCAAGGUGCCAUAGAAACUAUACGUGAGAGUGUAGUUUUUUGGACUGGUACUCCAAAAAGAGUUGAAAAGUUUGAAGAGGCUAAGAAAGGAUUAUCAUGUGCAAGCAAUAAAAAGCUAGUGCUUGAUUGUAAGACUAGGUGGAAUUCUACUUAUUUGAUGCUUACUAGUGCCAUUGUUUAUAAAGAUGUGUUCAGUCGCUUAAUACACACUGAGAAAAAUUACAAAAAAGAACCUAGUGAGCGAGAUUGGCUUUUGGCAAAAGUUAUGUGUGAGAAACUGAAGUUGUUUUACCAUGUCACUGAGAUGUUUUCUGGGACCAAAUAUCCUACUACUAAUCUAUUCUUCUCUAAGAUUUGUGAUAUUUGGUUGUUGCUUAAGGAGUGUCUUAAGUCUUCAUACGAUGAGAUUAGGAUAAUGGCAUCAAAUAUGAUGGAAAAAUUUGAGCAGUAUUGGACUUCCAUUCAUGGCAUAUUAGCCAUAGCAACUGUUAUGGAUAGGCUUAAGAUGAAAUUGAUUGAGUAUUAUUUUCCUAAAAUUUAUGUUGUUGGAGGGGAUAGUGAUGGAUGUGUGGAUCAUUUAGCUGGUUAUGACUUGUUCGUUAGUAGUACUUCUAAGGUGGAUACUUUCAAGUCUGAGUUAGAGUUCUACUUGGAGGAAGCAGUUUUGCCUAGGAGUGAAGAGUUUGAUAUUUUAGCUUGGUGGAAGACAAAUGGUCUUAAGUAUCCAACAUUACAACAAGUUGCUAGAGAUGUUUUGGCUAUCCCAGUGUCUACAGUAGUUUCUGAGUCUGCUUUCAGUACUAGUGGAAGACAUGUGACUCCUUGUCGUAAUAGGCUUCACCCGAGUAUGUUGGAGGCAUUAGUAUGUACUCAAGAUUGGCUAUGGGAUGAGAAACUAGAUGCAUCACAAAAUGAGAUUUCACAUAGUACAUUCUUUGAUGAUGUUGAAGAUGAUGAAGCGGGUCCAAGUUUUGUGGAUUUUGAUUCUUGA